GACUAGUAUUUUGCAGAGUCGGUCAAUUGUAGUUAUCAUUGCAAAGCUCUUAUCAAUAAUUCAUAAGAGGCUUCAGAAAGUGACUUGCUAAAAUGGCACUAGUUUUCUUCCCUUUAAAUAUCUGUCUUUCAAUAAGCUUCUUAUAGUUUUUAGCUCACUUAAAGAGUUUAAGCCUUCUAAGAAGAAUUUAAGAUAUGGCGGUGACUGAUGGUGGUGGAGAUUUCUGCAAAGCAGAUAUUAUACCUUUUGCAGGACAAGUUGUUCGAGGAAGAUGGUUCAUGAUGUUUGCUUCAUUUAUCAUUAUGGGCAGUGCUGGAGGUACUUUUCUCUUUGGAAUUUACUCGAAAGAGAUUAAAAAAUCUCUUGGUUAUGAUCAGAAGACCCUUAAUUUGCUUGGUUCUUUCAAGGACCUAGGAAUUUCUAUUGGGGUUGUUGCUGGUUUGCUUGCAGAGGUAACACCGCCUUGGUUUGUUCUUCUUGUUGGUGCUGCUCUGAACUUUACUGGUUACUUUAUGUUGUGGCUUUCCGUUGCCGGUAAGGUUGCCAAACCCCCAGUCUGGCAGAUGUGUUUGUACAUUUGCAUGGGUGCUAAUUCUCAGAACUUUGUCAACACCAGUGUGCUCGUCACUUGUGUCAAAAACUUUCCUGAGAAUAGAGGAGACAUGAUGGGUCUUUUGAAGGGAUUCACCGGCUUAAGUGCAGCUGUCAUGACUCAGGUCUACCUAGCUGUAUACGGUAAUGAUCCUAAAUCUUUAAUCCUCUUUAUCGGUUGGCUUCCUUCCGUUUUGUCAAUCUUCUUUGUGUACUCUAUCCGGUUGAUGAAAGUUGUUCGAAGUACAAAUGAGAGGAGAGUUUUCAUAAAAUAUCUGUUCGUGUCGACUGCGUUAGCUGUAUUUAUAAUGGUUAUAAUCAUAAUUCAGAAACAGAAGCCUUUCUCCCAUGGUGGAUAUGUAGCAAGUGCGGCUGUUGUUUGUUUCUUGCAUCUUCUGCCUCUUGGUAUAACAAUUCAAGAGGAGCUUAAUAUCUGGAAUUUAAAGAAAGAAAUCCUGAAAUCCACACCUACAGAAGUUAUAACAACGAAGAAUACUCGAGAAGCUGUGGAUAUGAAAAGUUCUUCAGUGGAAGCAGAAAGUCCCAAACAACUAGAAGUUUCUUGCUUUUCGAACAUUUUCAAUCCUCCAGAGAGAGGAGAAGAUUACACAAUAUUGCAGGCAUUAGUAAGCAUUGACAUGUUAUUGCUUUUCGUUGCGACUUUUAGUGGAAUGGGAACCAGUUUUACAGCAAUUGAUAACUUGGGUCAGAUUGGUGAGUCCUUAGGAUACCCAGACCGUGCCAUAAGUACAUUUGUUUCUCUUGUAAGUAUUUGGAACUAUGUUGGCAGAGUUUGUGCAGGUUUUAUCUCUGAAAUUCUUCUGAGGAAGUGGAAAAUUCCUAGAACACUUGUCAUGGCUUUCGUUUUUCUCCUCUCCUGCAUUGGUUUCUUAUUUAUUGCACUCCCAUUUCCCGGUGCUCUCUACAUCGCUUCAGUGAUCCUUGGCUUCUGUUUAGGUGCUGAGGCUUUAUUCAUUCUCACAAUCAUUUCUGAACUCUUUGGUCUCAAGCAUUAUUCAACUUUGUUCAAUUGUGGGGUACUGGCAAUCCCCAUCGGAUCUUACGUAUUCAAUGUAAAAGUUGCAGGGGUGAUUUACGACAACGAAGCUAUGAAACAGAUUGAGGGGUUUGGCAGCAAUUCAGCCAAGGGGUUGACUUGCAUUGGAACACAGUGUUAUAAAUCAACUUUUCUAAUAAUGGCAGCCGUUGCUUUCAUUGGUACCCUUGCUUCAGUUAUUUUAGCAUUAAGAACUCGUAAAUUCUACCAAGGAGAUAUAUAUAAGAAGUACAGAGAAGAUGCCAUUGCCAACUCAGACGAAACUGAAAUUGUCUUGUCUAAUGCUGAUAAUUCCAAAACUAAACCUGAUCAGACAUUUUACAGUAAUUGCCGUUAAAGGCCGUUUUAUUUCAAUUGCGGUUAGUUACCGUCUAAUGCGUUUAAAGGUUUAUUUCUUGAUGAUCUUUAACGGUUGUAUUCAGCUAGGCUAUGCUGUUGUUAAUCUAGCUUUUGGCUUCUGAUUGUAAAGCUAAGUUUUUCCUUUGUGCCGCCUUGGCUCUAUGAUAUCGAAUUUAGCCCUCGUCAACAAAAAUGAAGUAUCAAAGCACAAAUUGUACAAUGUAUAUUAGAGUCUUUUGUGUUGAUUAAUCGCAAUAGAAACAUGCAUGAUUUAUGAAA